CAACAGAGAAAUUUCUCAGACCCCCACUUCUGCUUUUGAAAGCCAUAAAACAGCGAGGGAGAAACUGGCAGACAGCAAAUCUCUUCGAGGCACAAGGCACAACAGACUGCUCUGGGAUUCUCCUCAGCAAUCUUCAUUGCUCAAGUAUCUGAAGUAGCCAUGGCAGAAGUACCUGAACUCGCCAGUGAAAUGAUGGCUUACUACAGCGGCAACGAGGAUGACUUGUUCUUUGAAGUCGAUGGCCCUAAAGAGAUGAAGUGCUCCUUCCAGGAUCUAGACCUCUGCCCUCUGGAUGGCGUCAUCCAGCUACGAAUCUCCCACGAGCACUACAGCAAGGGCUUCCGGCAGGCCGUGUCGGUUGUUGUAGCCAUGGAGAAGCUAAGGAAGAUGCUGGUUCCCUGCCCACAGACCUUCCAGGACAAUGACCUGAGCACCUUGUUUCCCUUCAUCUUUGAAGAAGAACCUAUCUUCCUCGACACAUGCAAUAACGACCCUUAUGUGCAUGAUGCACCUGUACGAUCACUGCACUGCACACUCCGGGAUGCACAGCUAAAAAGCUUGGUGAUGUCUGGUCCAUAUGAACUGAAAGCUCUCCACCUCCAGGGACAGGAUCUGGAGCAACAAGUGGUGUUCUCCAUGUCCUUUGUACAAGGAGAAGAAAGUAAUGACAAAAUACCUGUGGCCUUGGGCCUCAAGGCAAAGAACCUGUACCUGUCCUGCGUGUUGAAAGAUGAUAAGCCCACUCUACAGCUGGAGAGCGUAGAUCCCAAAAAUUACCCAAAGAAGAAGAUGGAAAAGCGAUUUGUCUUCAACAAGAUAGAAAUCAAUAACAAGGUGGAAUUUGAGUCUGCCCAAUUCCCAAACUGGUACAUCAGCACCUCUCAAGCAGAAAACAUGCCCGUCUUCCUGGGAGGGACCAAAGGUGGCCAGGAUAUAACUGACUUCACCAUGCAAUUUGUGUCUUCCUAAAGAGAGCUGUACCCAGAAGGUCCUGCGCUGAAUGUAGACUCAAUCCAUAGGACUGGCAGAAAGGGAACAGAAAGGUUUUGAGUGUGGCUAUAGCCUGGACUUUCCUGUUUUCUACACCAGUGCCCAACUGCCUGCCUUAGGACAGUGCUAAGAAGAUCUCCUGUCCAUCAGCCAGGACAGUCAGCUCCCUCCUUUCAGGGCCAAUCCUCAGCCCCUUUGUUGAGCCAGGCCUCUCUUACCUUUCCUACUCACUUAAGCCCACCUGACAGAAACCAUGGCCACAUUUGGUUCUAAGAAACCCUCUGUUCUUUGCUCCCACAUUCUGAUGAGCAACUGCUUCCCUAUUUAUUUAUUUGUUUAUUUUAUUGAUUAUUCUAUUUAAUUUAUUCAAGGGGGGCAAGAAGUAGCAGUGUCUGUAAUAGAGCCCAGUUUUUAUAGCUAUUCAAUUCAACUUGGACUGGUGAGCUCUCUUUAAGUCCUUUAAUUAAGACUGAAAAUAUAUAAGCUUAGAUUAUUUAAAUGGGAAUAUUUAUAAAUGAGCAAAUAUGACCAUACUAUUCACUGGUUCUGAAAUAAACUUCACUGUAAAA